AUAUAUAAAUAUAAAUUUAUAUAUACAUUUGUAAAAGACACACAUUAAUUAAAAUGGAGCAAUUACAUCAAGACAUAUUACAAGAAUUAAGAGACCAAAUCCUAGAUGAUAUGGAUGUACGUAAUGGAGUAUUACCUGUAUUAUCAGCUAAAUAUAUUUUGAAACAAGAAGAUGUUAAAUAUAUUGAAUCUGGUAAUAGUAUCAGAAAUAAAGCAGAACUUUUAUUAGACAUGUUACCAAAACGAGGAAUAAAUGCAUUUGAUGCCUUUCGUGAAUCUUUAAGGCAUCAUUAUGGAUGGCUCAGUGAUGGUAUGGAUGCUUUAGAAUUAAAAAAAACUGGUAGGAAUUCAGCAGAAUCUUUAAUACUUCCACCCACAUCACCAUUGACAAUUAUUAGAGAUGACAAGAUUAAACAGUUAGCAGAAGCAUUAAGAAAAUUAAGUCCAAAUGGAUAUCUCACUUUACAUGGAAUGAAAGGAUUUGGUAGAUCAUGUCUGACUGCUAGCACUUUAAAUGACACCAAAUUGGCAGAAGAAUUAUUUCAUAACAAAAUCUAUUGGCUUAAAUUUGGAUACGAUAAAAGAUGCAAAUAUAAAUAUGAACAGUUCAUUGAGGAAGAAAUAACAAAACAAUUAAGUGGACUUUAUUAUCGUAUCACUAAUAAAGAAUUGUUAACAGAGUCAUUUAAUAAGGAAUUGUUUAAAAUAUUUUUAAUUAAUCAUUUUAAUAAAAAAGAAAAUCAUAAUGCUCUAUUGGUAUUGGAAGAUGUUUAUGAUAAACAUUUUAUAGACGCGUUUGAUUUUAAAUGCAAAACACUUGUAAUAACUACUGAUUUAGAUGUUUUGGAUGAAAGAAGAGGAAUCGUGAUUAAGAUGGAUGAUGGCUUUACAGAAGCAGAAACUUUAGGUUUAUUUGCUAAAGUAUUAGAUACAACUGUAGAUCAACUUCCAUUAGAAGCAAAAUUAAUUCAUAAAGAGUGCAAAGGUAUGCCAUUACUUAUUGCCAUGUUUUCAGCUAAUUUUGAAGAAUUUAAACAUGAUAUGAACAAACGUAACGAUAGAUGGCAAUAUUAUUUAAAAUGCAUACAAAAUAAAGAUAGAGAAAAUACGAUAAUGAACAAAUUUUUGGAAAAACAAGAAGCUGUAUUUAACAUGUCUAUCGAACGUUUAUCACCAUAUUUGAAAGAAUGUUAUGAAAAGUUAGCAAUUUUUAGCGAAGAUGUUAAUAUAACAUCAAAGACUUUAGAAGUUUUAUGGUCACGCAAUUUAUUUGAAGUUGAAGAAAUGAUGUUAGUAUUGUGCCAUAAAUCCCUUGCAGCCAUGAGAUGGAAUGCUAAUUUAGAUUGUUAUAUAUAUGGAGUACAUGAUCUCUUAUUGUGCCACUUAAGAAGAAAAUUAGGGACAAAUAAACUUACGCAAAUGCAUAAAUCUUUUAUCGAAAGUUAUCGUAAAUAUUGUAACAAUGACUUUUCUAAACUGCCAAAUGAUAAUUACAGUUAUUCUUACAUUGGUCAUCAUUUAGAAUUAGCCAAAAUGUACGAUGAAUUUCCCAGACUGUAUUUAAACUUUAACUUUCUCGAAGCUAAAUUAAACCACACUGGUUUAUGCGAUCUGUUAAUUGAUUUUAACAAAUAUAAAAAAUAUAUUAUUAACGGUGAUGAUGAUAAAAGUGAUAAUGUAAAUGAUUUAGAAAAAUUUUUACAAGAGCAAGCCAAUAAUAUAUCGAAACACAGGAGAAAGCAAUGUUUAGAUUUAAUACAAAUUGCCAUGAAUCAUUUUCGUCCUGGAUAUGUGGUCAAUACUGCAACAAGUAUUGCUGAGAAAAGAAGAAACAAUUUAUAUUUAUCGCAAAGUACAAUAUUGCAAAAGAAUAAUAUAACAGAAAGUGAAGAGGUUUGUACAGAGACUAGUACAACUUGUUUCACCGAUGAUCCGGAUGUCAUUUUAAUUGGAAAUAAAAUAGGUGAAGUAAUCCAAUGGCAUUCAGAACAUAAGAAACAAAUAGUAUACAAAGUAUGUGAGAAAGAUAGUAUAAUCGAAAAGAUAGUAGUCUCGAAAAAUGGAGAAUACUUUUUAACAUUGUGUAACAGUAUUGUGAAAUUUUUUAAAUUAUACAGCAAUGAUUAUUAUAACAAACUCGACGUACAUAUACAAAGUCCAAAACAAAAGCAAGCCUAUUGGGAUAGUCUUUAUUCAAAAGAUGGAUAUAACAGUUUAAAAACAUUUUCAAUUGAUAAUGAAACUAUAACUGAUAUAACAUUUGGACAUGACGAUCAACGUAUUGCAGCAUGCACUGACAAAGGAACUAUUCAGGUUUGGGAUACACAUGGAAAUGUUUUAACAAGUGUUAAUCACAAGUUUAAUAAUCUUGGAUUUAUCACAUUUACAACAAAAAGCUCACUGUUACAUACAAUGGAUUUAACGAAUGGUGUUCUCGUAACUUUUAGAAGAGAUAUGAAUGAUGAUUACAGCUAUAGUUCGCAAUAUAAUCCACAUUUAUUAAAACAAAAAGUCAUCUUUUUUCACAAUGUUCCGAAACAUGACAAUUCGUUAAUUAUAGUCACUGAGAAGAAAGUUAUUCAUGUUAAAUGGUUUUGUCCGCCUACUGAAUUCAUAAGUAAUUAUGAAAAAAAGGCAAAAGCUGAAAAUGAUAAAACAGUUUACGUGUGUGCUUCCAUAACAUAUGAUGGACUUUAUUUAGUAUUAUCAGAUUCAGAAGGUCUCGUAAAUGUUUGGAAAAUAGAUGGUGGAUUUCAUCCAAUUGCAGUAUAUAAAAGUCGUGUUGCAUCUUUAGAUACAUAUUGGUUAAAUAAAGAAGGUUAUCACUAUAUUUGCGGUAAUGAAAAUAAUUUAGUUCAUAAAUGGAAGUUCCCUGUAGAAGAAGCAUCCGAUACUCAAGUCAGAAGCCUACUGUUUGAUGCUCUUGUAAAACCAUUAGGAGAAGCAGAUUUAAUUGCAAAAACGACAAAUGUGAAUUCAGUAGUAAUAUUAUUUGACAAUAUAGUCGUAGCAGAAUUUAAUCCUAUUGAUGGAGAUAUAAUAAGUUUAAAACUUUCUCCCAAUGGUAAGAGACUUAUUUACGUAACAAAACAAAGCAACAAAGGAAUGGUUAAAUUAUUGGAUAUAGAAAGUAAGACAACUACUAAUAUAUUGAAGUUAUCUGGAGGUGCAGAGUUUAUAAAGUUUUUAACUAUUGAUGGUGACGAAGUUAUCAUAUUCAAAGAGUCAAAUGAUACUUUAAGAGUUUGGAAGAACAAUAAAAUAUCAUAUUUGAUUGAAAAUUCAGGAUCCAUUAUUUCAAUUCAUGAUGUACAUAACGAAUAUGUUAUAACAGUAACUCAAAAUGGUGUGAUAACUCUUUACAAUAUCAGUGGUACUAAAUGGACAAUAAUAAGUAGAGCAAAGGUUGAUGGUGCAACUGUAAACAUAUAUUUCAGUUGCUUCAGCCAUAAAAAACAAUUUUUGGCAAUGUUGAGUAAUAAUCAAGAUUUAUUUUUGUAUAAUCUACAAGAAGAUGAUACUGUAACUCCACGGUGUAUAAUAAUAGGAUUACAUUAUAGAAAAUCGUUUAAAGAAAAACCAACAUAUUGUGAUAUUUCGCAUGAUCAAAAAUAUUUGGCAAUUGGAUUCAAAACAGGAAGUAUUGCAAUAAUCGACAUAGAAAAUCAAAGAGUUUUGCGAACACUCUAUUAUCAUACUAGUGCAAUUACCCAAUUAAAUUGGGCACCAGUUACCACUGAAAUUCCUCUCCUAAUGUCAUUAAAUGGAGAUGAAUUAGCUUGGUGGAAUGUUCAAUUGACUGAUUGCAGUACACUAAAAAAGCGUCGAAGUCGUUACGGCUUAGUACGUAGCACCAGUACACCUUCAACUAGUACUCAUUCAGAUUUCUCAUCUUUUAACAAUAAUGACGUUGAUAUAUCGUCCCUUCAUGUAUCAAAUUCAUCAACUGGAAUAUUAGAAAAGUAUGAUGAAGAAUUAAAUAAAUGUGAAGAUUUAACUUCAUAUUGGAAAUGCAAAGUAGGAAGAAAUAGUAAAAAACCAGAAUUAUUGGGUUCUCUUGAACUACCACCAAGUUGUAUUCCAAAGGUAUGUAUAUCCCCAGAUUUUAGUAAAUUUGUUACUGUCGACAUUUAUGGAUCAGUUAGUACUUUCAAACUAUUUGAAUAUUUUUUUGUUAAGUAGUGCAAUGAUAUAGAUUUUUGUUAUAUAAAAAAUGGUGCUAAUUUUAUG